AUGGGUACCCUCCCCGAUAUUUCGAAUUCAGCGCAGGGAUUCUUUUAUGGAAUACAACUGCCAGCAGCAGGAAACCACGAGCAGUUCGCUCGGCCGAUGCCAACUCCUCCUCAGGUGGCGGCAAACGGCGGCGACAGCACCUCGGAGAGGCCUUGGAGCGUGUGCGUCUUGGAGAGGAAGCGGCGCGUCUAUUACGCCAAGUGGGAGGCCUUGCUCCGCAUGGAGUGGGAGUGCGAAGAGGCGGCGACGAACCAGCGGCUGCUCGAGUGGCCUGUCGAGAAGCUCGAGAAAGAAGGCCUCUGCCUCGCCGGUCUGAGCGCACGCCGGCGCAAGGGCCGCUUCUACUCGCAGCAGAUCCUGCGCCUCAGCCUGCGCCGGAGCGGGCUCAAGCACUCCUUCCAGCCGGGCGACGAGGCCCUCUCGCGCGGCUGCAGGAAGAGUCUAGGAAGUGGCGGCGCUGCCAGCCUCAAGGGCGAGGUCCUCGAGCUGCACGUCGGACACAUCGACGUCGCGCUGUCCGCCGCCGCCGCCUCGCCUCCAGACGGCGUCGAGAGGGAGACGCUCGACCGCGUCGCCAACCGGACCGCCUUUGAUCGCACCGUCGCUGGCCUGCGCUCUUGGGCCGGGGACAGGCUCCCGCAGCUCCGAGGGCCUGGCCUACCUAGUGAAUGA